AUCUUCUUCUACAGCAUCCUUUCUCUUGGUUCGGAAAAAUGUUAGCUCGCUAUAGAAAGAGGCAGAAGACAGGGGGAAGAAAAGAAGAUAAAGUGAUUUCAUCAGAUUAUCGGGUCAGGCCCACUUCAUCAGAUCUCCUUCUUCUCCCUUCUCCUGUCCUCGUAAAAGUUCUUUUCUUUAUGGGGAAAUUUCAUCUCACUUAUUCUGGUGGAGCCUUUAAUCUUUGUUGCUGACUUUUCUUCAUCAUCUAAGCGGACUCUAAUUCACCAAAAAGUAAACACGCCCUACACGCUGGGUUCAAGAUUCAAUGUCGUUCCGUGAUAUAGUUCGUGACGUAAGGGAUAGCUUAGGGAGCUUAUCGAGGCGGAGCUUUGAAGUGAGGUUGCCUAGUCACCACAGGGGUAGAUCACGCGGCUCCUCAUUCCACGACUUCGGUGAACAGCUUGUCGUGAUUCAAAAUAGCCGUUGGGCAAAUCUCCCGACAGAGCUACUUUUUGAUGUGAUCCGGCGGUUAGAGGAGAGCGAGAGUGUGUGGCCCGCCCGUAAGCAUGUCGUUGCUUGUGCUGCAGUUUGCAGGUCUUGGAGGAGCAUGUGUAAAGAUAUUGUCAGAGGCCCGGAAACGUCUGGGAAAAUCACUUUCCCGGUUUCUCUAAAACAGCCCGGGCCUCGUGAUGGAACCAUCCAAUGCUUCAUCAAACGAGACAAGUCCAAUUUAAGCUACCAUCUCUUCUUGUGUCUUAGUCCAGCAUUGCUAGUUGAAAAUGGAAAAUUUCUCCUCUCAGCAAAAAGAACACGUCGGUCUACUCUCACAGAGUAUGUUAUCUCAAUGGAUGCAGAGAACAUCUCGAGAUCCAACAGCACAUACAUCGGAAAAGUGAGAUCAAACUUUCUGGGCACAAAAUUCUUAAUAUAUGACACACAACCUCCAUGUGGGGCACACAUCCCUACACCAGCGGGCCGUACAAGUCGCAGAUUCUCAAAGAAAGUCUCUCCCAAAGUUCCGACCGGAAGCUACAACAUAGCCCAGAUCACAUAUGAACUGAAUGUGCUCGGGACCCGUGGCCCACGGAGAAUGCAGUGUGUCAUGCAUUGCCUCCCUGCCUCCUCGCUUGACACUGAUGGUACAGUGCCGGGCCAACCGGAGCUAUACCCGAGGCCCAUUGAUGAAUCUUUCCGAAGCGCCAGACUCUCGAAGUCGUCAACAACAGACCAUUCUUCCGAAUUCGGCAGCGCGAGGUUCUCCGAUAUUGCCAUGUCAUCGUUUGCCGAAGACGGCGAUGGGAAGGUGGGGCCCUUAGUUCUGAAGAACAAGGCGCCACGCUGGCAUGAGCAGUUGCAAUGCUGGUGCCUGAAUUUCCGGGGGCGGGUGACCGUCGCGUCCGUGAAGAACUUCCAGCUGAUUGCCACCGCCACCGCCGCCGCCGGGCAACCUACCACGGGCGUGCCCACCGGGUCCCAACCUCCGCCACCACCGGACCAAGACAAGAUCAUACUGCAGUUCGGGAAGGUGGGGAAGGACAUGUUCACGAUGGAUUAUCGGUAUCCGCUCUCGGCUUUUCAGGCUUUCGCCAUAUGUUUGAGCAGCUUUGACACCAAAUUGGCUUGUGAAUAAGGAAAUACUAUGGUUUUUCUUUAGGUUGUUGUUGUACUUAUUAUUGAUUACCACAUUAAACUCAUUUUUUUUGCUUUGUUUGGUCCCUUUUCCUAUGUUUAACAACAUAAUGUAAGCAAGAUCUUUAUUUGGUCUUUGUGUUUGUUUUAAUCUUGACCAGGUUUCAAAAUCUUAGGUGUUGUUUGGCUCAACUUUUUUUCCCUUGUGUGUGUGUGCUUGUUAUGGAAUGUUUUUUCUUUUUCAUUUGACUCAAACUAGCUAAGAAAACUAAAAAUACAUU